AUGCAGCCGAUUCAAAUUAAUGGUGAAACAGUUAAUGACGCGUACAGGCUCACUGGACAUACUGGUGGCAUUCGAGCCAUGAUUGGAUGGAAACACUUCAUAAUAACGGGAAGUGACGACAAUUCUAUUAAAAUAUGGGCGGCAUCAACGGGCAACUGUAUCAAGACGUUAAAAGGUCAUACCUCGCGUAUUCUGUGCUUGACAAUUUGGAACGGAUAUAUUGUAAGCUCUGGAGCAGACUCCCAAAUCAAAAUUUGGGAUAUCGUAUCAGGAAAGUGCAAAAAGACACUGAAAGAGUGUACUAGUAGUGCGAAUUCCUUAGCUUCAACUCCGGAUUUGCUGUUUGCAGGAGGAAAAGACGGAGAUAUUUAUGUGUGGACAUCCCGCUAUCAGUUAAAGGGAAAAUUAACGGGACAUGGUGAUUGGGUGAACAAGCUUCUUAUUUACAAUGAGAAAUAUCUGAUUUCUUGUAGUGAUGACAAAACGAUCCGAAAAAGUGUAUUUCCACACUGA